AUGAUGGUAGAUGCUGGCGAGAGGUGGACUGAGUUCUCAUGCUUGCACAGCUCACAUCGGCCGUGUUCUUCGUGCUACAUCAAGGAGACACAUCUGGCAGACCUGGCUCAUAAGUCGGUGGUGCGGAUGGUGGAGCUGCAGAGACGGGUGGUGGAGGCAAUUCAGUUGGCUGACGACAGCAAGGCGGCGCAAUGCUAUUUGGAGAGGUGGAACUUUGCAGCGACCACGCGGGGAAACGUGUUCCUCGCAUGCGCGGCGGACCUUCUCCACGUCCUGGACGGCGGAAUGCUGCCACGCAUGGGCAGAUGCUUCAUGGUUGGGAAGAGCAAGCCGGAGAGGCGUGAGUUCGACGGACUCUCACUGUUCGAUCUCACCUCUGGUGUCUCUCCUGCCCCGCCUGCUGCUGCUGACAGCACUGUUCGCUCACAGGACCACUUCCUCUCAGUUUGCCCCACCAAACUCACCGUUGACCUCCUCGAGGAGCGCCUCCUAGCAGCAGAGAAGAGCAUAGUUGCUGUAAGAGCCUCUCGUGGUGACCAUUGCACCCCUGUCUAUGAGGGGUGUUCUCCCCCCCCCCUCUUGCCCUCUGAUGCCUCUGCUGCUGCGGCCGAUCUCGUUGGUUUUGAGUCGGUCGGCGCUGCGUCUGUCCCUAGCGGGAAGCACCGCACCGGCAAGGGCGCUGAGGGGGGCAGUGGGGGCGGUGGAGGUGGUGGUGGAGGCAGUGGAGGGGGUGGGGGUGGUGGUGAGAGUGGUGGCGGGGGUGGAGGUGUCGGUGGCAGCAGUGGAGGCGGAGGAGGCGGCGGGGGUGGCGGAGGGAGCGGAGGCGGCGGCGGUGGCGGAGGCGGCGGAGGCGGCGAAGGUGGCGGUGGAGCUGGUCGCGGCUCUUCCCAGGGGAGUGGCUCCGGUGGUGGUCCGCGCCAGCAGCAGCAGCGCGGUCGUGAGACCCUAUCCCCUCAGCAACUUCGUGAGUGGUACUCUGUGCGUCAGUAG